AUGAAGGGAGAGAAAGUGCUCAGACUGAGUCCGUCUGAUAGACUCGCUUUUCAGCCGCCGUUUGAGAAGAUAUCAGAAGCGAAAUUGCUCAUCUCGAAUAUUUCAAAUGAAACAGUUGCUUUCAAAAUUAAGACCACUGCACCUAAAAGGUAUUGCGUUCGCCCAAAUACCGGUGUCAUCGGCCCACUGGAGUCCAAAGAAAUUAACAUUGCCCUUCAACCAGGAGACAUCAACCAACGCCACAAAUUCAUGAUCCAAAGCAUCAUUUACCCGGAAAACUUCGCAGAUCUUGACACCCAAAAGCUCCAAUCACUCUGGUCCGUGGGAAAGGAAGAUUUAAUGAGCCAGAAACUUGCCGUUGAUUUUCUGACAGAAAAUGGAUCUACAGUAAUUGAAGACAAGCUUCAAACGCACAACAAGUCUCUCUCUGAAACAGUCAUUCCAACUACCACAAGACAACCAGAGCGAGUUCAAUUCGACGUUUCAACAAAUGAAGUUCGCGAGCGCAAGAAAUCGCCAAAAGUCUCGACUCCAGAACAAACAGCAGAAUCCAAGGAAAAUAAAGAUGCAGCGCAAAUUGCAGAGUUAAAAGGAAAACUCGCUGAUGCUAUGAAGCAAAUUGAAAUUCUAUCAAGCUCACCAGUGGAAGCAGACAGCAAAAACCUAGCGAUUUACCUGGCCAUUGCGUUUUUCUUCGGCUUAAUUUUGUCCUCCCUUUUCUACUAA